CGCUGGGGCCGGAGACCUCAGGCGACCUGUCUGGAGGGAAUGCGAAGACCCCGGGUUGCCCGCGCUCUCUUUUGAUGAUAUUGCUCGGAUGCUGAUUCACCCAGUGAGUUAAAAAAAACAAAACCCAGAUCACUGCGCUUGUCGUGGAGAGGAAAAAGAAGAUUAGCGGAUCCGGAGCCCCGAGGGCAUCGUGGGAUCUUUUUGAAAGAAGCAAGUUUUGAAACUGUUCAGUCUGUUCCCUGGCACGACAUUUUUCUAGGACAUUAUUCAAAAUGGGAAAAAGGAAGGAACAUCCAAAAAAGGAAUCCAUUAAUUUGGGCAGAGAAGCUGAUCAGUGGAUGUCUGAUUUACCAGAAAGUCUCUGGGCUGUACCUCUCUCUAACCUGUCAUUACCAGGUAGUCAUGAUGCAAUGACAUAUUGUCUGGAUAAGGAGUCAAAAGUCAGUGUAAAUGGAUCCAAAUUGUUGCAGUUUAUGGAUAAACAUAUGCAUUGGAUAGUGCACCCUAUUAUUUUGAGAUGGUCAAUAACACAGGAUCUGACUGUGUUGGAACAACUGAAUGCUGGAAUUAGGUACUUUGAUUUUAGAAUUGCUCACAAACCUGAUGAUCCUUCCAUGAAAUUGUACUUUGUUCACAUGUUAUAUACAACAGUGGAAGUAGAGGUUGUUCUGUGGGAUAUUUUAAGAUGGCUGAGAAACCAUCCUUGGGAGGUAGUCGUUCUCGCUUUCAGAAAUUUUGAUGGCUUGGAUGAGAAUCAUCACUCUCAUUUGGUCUCCUGCAUAAAGAAGAUCUUCAGUUCCAGACUGUGUCCUAGAAAUAUGGUCCCAACCCUCCGGAAUAUGUGGUCCAGUGGCUACCAGGUUAUUGUGUCCUAUGAAGACAUACAGCAAGUGGUACAAGAUAGUGAAUUGUGGCCUGCAGUUCCAUAUUGGUGGGGAAAUAAGGUCACAGCACGAAAGCUUAUUGAGUAUCUGGAAAAAAAGAAGCAAAAUGGUCGUCCAGAUGGAUUAUUUGUUGCAGGAAUCAAUCUUACUGCAGAUUUAGGGUAUAUUUUGGCAAAUAUACAUAGUUCGGUAAAACAAAUGGCUCUGAGUGCUCUCCCAUUACUAAAUUUGUGGAUAAAGAAACAGCGCCCUGGAUCAAAAAAGGACUGCAUUAACAUCAUUGCUGGAGACUUCAUAGAAAAAAAUAACUUUGUGGAGAAUGUGAUAAACCUGAAUAGGAAACUGAUUUUAAAAUAACAUUGCUAUUCUACUUUGCACAUGUUUUGAAAAGAGAUCAUGGGACUAACUGCAAGGAUAAAAUAAGAUAUAAUACAUACAUAAUUCACCUACCUCGCAUUUUUUAUCUGUAGUUAAGUAUAUACUUAAAAACUGUAUUUAUGGAUCACUGUAGAAGAUUUCAUAAGGUUUUUUGGAGUCCUUGGUGGAAAAAAUGGUUUUCCUGGAAAAAGUGCAAUGUCUACAGAGUUUUGAAACAUGGAGAACUUUUAUCAACUGUUAGUAUGUUUGAAUACUAUCCAAGAUCAUGAUAAAAAAGAAGUUGUGCACUUUAGUAAGUGAUGCUUUGCUCAUGUACCCUUGCCAAAUAUCGGUUAGUACUAAGAACAUAGACAAAGCCACAAUGUAGCUGGUUUUGGCUUGGUCACUGUGAUUUACUAACCAUGGUUUGGCUUAGCAUGACAUAUAAACACAGCCAUUUCUUGUUUAUUUAAGAAACUGUAACUUUGCACAGUAAGUAAACCCAACCAUACAGCUAAGACAUGUGGACUGCUGGCUGGGGAAUUUUGGGAGUUGAAGUCUAUGUCUUAAAGUUGCCAAACUUGAGAAACACUGAGUUGUUUGCACAUCUAGCCUAAACUUGAUGUUAAGUAAUAAAUACCAGCUUUUUAGGAUUUUAAGCAAGAUUUUCUUGCUUAAGAAAGAUUUUUCUUAAUCCAAAUAAGAUUUUCUUAUUUGGAGGUGCCAAGAAUUGAAUAUGGGACCUUCUAUAUGCAAAGUUUUACUACAAAUGAGCUACAGUUCCUCAGCACUGAUGAUCUUUUAGAAACAAAGGAAGGCUUAGCUCACCCUAUGUACAGAUGGGAGUCAUAGGUGAACUGAAAAUCUAGCCAAUUGAUUGGAAUGUAAAUAUAAUUCCAUCUUAUUAAGGGGAACUUAUACUGUGAAAUCUAUGCUGGACUGUAAUAAAGAUUUGAUUUGAUUGUGAAAUCCUAAGUGUUUUGAUGUGAUCAGAGGUAUAGCAAUAUGUGUGAUGCAGAAAGAGAAUGGCACUGAUUUUUAAUUCCAUCUUUUAUCUACCUCAGUUUUAGCUACCUUUUUCAAAUAUAAAAAGGGUUAGCAAGAUUCCAGGGUACUUGUUCCUGUAUUGGCAGCUGUGAAGUUGAAAACUUUAUCCAGCUUUGUGUAAAUGCAGCUAUAAAAUUAAAAAGAAAAACCCCUGGGCCAACCAGUUGUAGAUUUGAAGGAUUUCUUUGGCCUUUAUACAGAGGUACAACACUUUUCAAUUGAAGGUCACACUUAGUUUCUGAGUGGCAUACUGUGGAUAACACUCCCCAAAGUGGGUUGGGACCACGAUAAAACCCACAUUUUUUAAACUUAAAUUGUAUUAAUAUUACAGUAACUAAAGUUAAUAUAAUUACUUCUCAUAUAUUUAACAAAUUUCCUUUUCUGUAGCAUUAAAACUUACAAUUCAGUAGCAACUUAUGGAGGAAUGCCAAAGGUUGUGCAUGAAGUAUUGGGGAGCACAUGGAACUCUGGAAGCCAUGCACCUAUGUUAUGUAACUGCAAAUGGGUUUCAGUGGUUUAAUAGUUGUCAACCUUUUGCGGCGGGGGGUAUUAAAACAUGCAAGAUAUUGGCCCAAAUAAAAUAAGUAACAAAGAUUAGAUGAAGGGCUAGGACAAAUUUUGCUAUAUGCCGCCCAGAGUUGCCUUGUAUGAGAUGAUGGCUAUAUAAAUGUGACAAACAAACAAACAGCUAUAGCAGAAGUUCUCAAAGAGCUAAGGUGGCAUGAUAAAGCUUGUAAUAAAUCAUGCAAAAUCACUACAAUUAGCCUUCUUAGUGGGAAAUCGAAGGUCUGCUCCUGCUUACAAAGUGGUCCAGAGUUAUGAACUCAGUGUAGCAGACAAGGUGCAAAUGUAGCUGAAAUCAUCAGUAUUUUUCUUGUUGCCUAAAUUUGGAAAAUUUUUGUAUUUGUAGGUGCUGGCUGAUAUAUACAGUGGGGCAAAAAAGUAUUUAGUCAGCCACCAAUUGUGC